AUGGAUCAGAAUCUGAGAACAAUAGACUGGAAUGUUCCAAGAAUGGACAGGAGUUUAUCCAUGUAUGUCUGGAUUCUUUCUACAUAUUAUGAUGGGAUGUCAUUAUCAGGUCGGAUCCAAUGCAUACUUUACAUUAUUCAAUGUUUUUAUUAUCCUAUCCUGGCUGACGUGGGUGUCCCUGUUAACGUAGUGACGAUCUACAUCCUGCUUUAUAAAGAUUGUGGAUUGUCUCCAUGUGUCAGUCGUUACCUGGUUGCCAUGGCAGUGGCGGAUCUACUGGUCAUUAUCCUGGACCUGAUAUUGAGGCACAUUCCCAUUGUUUAUCCGCAACAGUUUUAUUUCCUGGUGUACAUCCCCGUGUGUAACAUCCACGCCGUCCUGCUUUAUGCAGCCACCGACUGUUCUGUCUGGUUCACCGUCACUUUCACCUUUGAUCGAUUUGUAGCCAUUUGUUGCCAGAAGCUGAAAAGUAAAUAUUGCAGUGAGAAAACAGCGGCUGUGGUUCUGGGAACAGUGACUGUGCUGAGCUGUUUAAAGAACAUUUUCUGGUAUUUUAUGCUCAGAUCUCGAUAUCAGCUGCUGAACACCCCCUGGUUUUGUGAUGUAACUCACGCUGUUCAAUCUUCUCGUGUCUGGGUCACAAUCGAGUUCCUCCACCAUGUUCUAACCCCGACUCUCCCAUUUCUCCUGAUUCUGCUGCUCAAUGUUUUCACCGUCAGACACAUUUUAGUGACCAGCAGAGCCCGCAGGAGACUCCGGGCUCACACCAAUGGGGACGGUCAGUGUGACACAGAAAUGCAAAUUCGAAAAAAAUCCAUCAUUUUACUGUUUGUGAUCUCGGCCAAUUUCAUCCUGUUAUGGUCAACGCUAAUGCUGUAUUCUAUAUCGCACCGGAUGAAUAAUAUUGGGUAUAUUUCUGUGUACCUAGAUUACUCUGUGCUGGAAUUAGGCUUCGUGCUGCAGCUCCUCAGUUGCUGCACAAACACCGCAAUUUAUGCUGUGACCCAAACGAAGUUCAGACAGCAGCUGAAGAAUGUGCUGAAAUAUCCCUUUACCCAAAUUCAGUCAAUCAAACUUACUCAUUAAACAAUCCAUCCAGGAUUUUCUCAUCUCAGUUCAAUGUUUCAGCAAUGAAGCAGCCUGUUGCUAUGGUGACAGACUGGGGGUCG